CAACUAUGUUGCUGGCUUCCGCCGUCGUGGUGUGGGAAUGGCUGAACGAGCACGGCCGCUGGCGACCCUACAGCCCGGCGGUGAGCCACCACAUCGAGGCGGUGGUGCGGGCCGGGCCCCGAGCCGGGGGCAGCGUGGUCCUGGGCCAGGUGGACAGCCGCCUGGCGCCCUAUAUCGUCGACCUGCAGUCCAUGCACCAGUUCCGCCAGGACACUGGCACCAUUCGCCCUGUACGACGCAGCUAUUAUGACCCUUCUUCGGCGGCAGGAAAGGGUGUGGUAUGGGAGUGGGAGAAUGACAAUGGUACCUGGACACCUUACGACAUGGAGGUGGGUAUCACAAUCCAGCAUGCCUAUGAAAAACAGCAUCCGUGGAUUGAUCUCACUUCCAUUGGUUUCUGCUACAUUAUUGACUUCAGCACUAUGGGGCAGAUCAACCGUCAGACCCAACGCAAGCGCCGUGUCCGACGCCGCCUUGACAUGGUCUACCCACUGGUUACUGGAACCUUGCCUAAAUCUCAGUCAUGGCCAACAAGUCCUGGUGCAGUCAACACCCCCCCGGCACCGGCCUGCACGUGUCCACAGUGCCUCCUUGUCAUGAGUAUCAAGGCAGCAGUGGCAGUUGGGAGCAACGGGGGGACCGGACUUACAGCCAGCCAACAGCAGCCGCAGCAGCAGCCACAACCGCCACCACGUAAAGCUGUAUCCCUUUCUGGUAGCACCAAACUCCCUGUUCCAGCAUCAGUGCACAAGCCCCAAGAUGGAACAGCAACUGUGCGCAGCUCAUUGAAGACCCUGGCAUCGCAAGUGAGUCGUAGACAGGCAGCCAGCACACCAGCCCUCACCACAGCUGGCUCCCUUGCCAGCCCACCCAGUACCAAUGGCAAGGUGACCCGUGCCAGCCUUAAUACACUGAACCGUACCAACCUGCAGCGACUAGCCAUUGCACAGUCCCGUGUGCUGAUUGCCUCUGGGGUUCCUACAGUUCCUGUCAAAAAUCUCAAUGGCUCAAGCCCAGUCAAUCCAGCACUGGCAGGGAUCACCGGGAUUCUCAUGAGUGCUGCUGGGCUGCCCGUCUGCCUCACUCGACCCCCAAAGCUGGUCCUCCACCCACCUCCAGUCAGCAAAAGUGAAAUAAAAUCUAUCCCUGGGUUCUCCAACACUUGCCGCAAGACCACCAAAAAGCAGACCAAGAAAGGCAAAACCCCUGAGGAAGUGUUGAAAAAAUAUUUACAGAAGGUGCGCCACCCUCCAGAUGAGGACUGUACCAUCUGUAUGGAACGCCUCUCUACUCCUUCAGGAUACAAAGGUCCUCAGCCAGCGAUCAAGCCAGACUUGGUGGGCAAACUGUCCAAGUGUGGCCACAUGUACCACCUCCACUGCCUCGUGGCCAUGUACAACAAUGGGAACAAGGACGGGAGCUUGCAGUGUCCAACCUGCAAAACCAUCUAUGGGGUAAAGACGGGCACCCAGCCUCCUGGGAAGAUGGAGUAUCACCUCAUCCCCCACUCAUUGCCUGGACACCUUGACUGUAAAACCAUCCGAAUUAUCUACAACAUCCCACCAGGGAUCCAGGGACUAGAGCAUCCAAAUCCUGGGAAGAACUUCACUGCCCGUGGUUUUCCUCGGCAUUGUUACAUUCCAGACAGUGAGAAGGGCAGAAAGGUGCUAAAGCUGUUGCUCGUAGCCUGGGAUCGGCGCCUCAUCUUUGCUAUCGGCACUUCCAGCACCACAGGCGAGUCGGAUACGGUAAUCUGGAAUGAGAUUCACCACAAGACAGAGUUUGGCUCCAACCUGACUGGCCACGGCUACCCUGACCCCAACUACCUAGACAACGUGCUGAGUGAGCUCGUGGCUCAGGGCAUCACAGAGGAGAGCGUGCUUCAAGAAAAGGACUGAGAAUGUGGGGGGAAAGGGGAAGGGCCUUGCUCUGGGGGUGGAGCUACAACCACCGCAGUAUUUCACGGAUUGCGCUCCCUCCCUUCCAUUGUGCCUGCUCUGUCCUCUCCUCCUCCUGCCACAGCCACUAUCUGCCUCUUGAAAAGUUCAGUUUUGCUGGCCCCGUUGUCUGCUUAGGGAUUUGUUCAGGUGAGAAACCACUGGCUUGCCCUUCGGUGGCCCACAGCACAUGGCUAGUGGUAGCAAACAAAACGUGGAGUUUUUUCCAGCUCAUCUUGGGCAUGGGGUGAAGUCAUCCCAGUGAAGCCAGAGGUUACAUUAACCUUGACCCGCAAAGCUGCUUUCUGUCUGUCACUCUGAGACGUGGUGGCAUAAUUGUGUGGGGAGAUUAGGAGCCCACUGUAAAUUCUGUGAAAAACAGAAGUAUGUCUUGGGACAGGCAGCCCCAUAGAGC